UUAAUGACAAAACAUGUAAAGGAAAUGCCGAUGGAAAUAACACACCCCAUAUCACAAGGAUUGGUAUGACAGAAUACUUAUGGCACUAUAAAUACAGACAUAUGGCCCACUACAAGUACAUUCUUGAUUCUGAAAGCAACAAAAAGAUGAAGAUCCUUUACCUUUUCUUUUCUGUUCUUCUUCUUGUGCUCCUCCAAGGACCAGGGGCUGCCAGAUCAGAGAUCACAACCCAUGGGGAAUGCGGAUAUGUUGGUGGUGCCUGCUAUUCCUUCAUCUGCCCUCGUGGCACUAUAACCAUAGGGAAAUGUAGUUUUACGCUGAAAUGCUGUAGAAGGUAAAGCAAAAAUUAUGGUAUCUCUAUCCAUUCUUUGAUGGUUCCCAUGAUAAACAGAUGUGGGGGGGCAUGGAGGUGGGACUUAGCACAGAUGGGAGAGUCCCAGCUCAUUCAAAGUUGGUUCAGAAUAAUAGAAUCACAGAAUUAUACAGUUGGAAGGAAUUUCAAGGGCCAUCUAGUCCAACACCCUUCCACUAGGAAACUGAAGCUAGAGCACUCCUGAGAGUUAGCCAUCCAGCAUCCAGCAUCCAGUGAAGUUAGUCCAUCACCUUCCAGGACAGAUCAUUCCACUGAUGAAGAGCUCUUACACCUUCCUAAUCUUUAGGUGGAAUUUAUUUCCAUGUAAAAUCAAGAGUGCUUCAUUCU